AGCUCGAAGAAGAAACCCGAAGGACUUCAAUGAGAUAAACUUUCCCAUUUUCAAACGUACAAUUCGUAAUUACAUAAAGUAUUCCUGACGAAAUGAGCAAAUUACUCAGAAUGGUCAUCCUCGGAGCGCCGGGAUCGGGAAAAGGGACGAUAUCCAGCAGAAUUGUCCGGGAUUUUGGGUUGAAACACCUGUCAAGUGGAGACAUACUCAGGGCACAGAUCCUCAAGAAAACCGAAAUCGGCCUUGCUGCGCAGUCUUACAUGAAAGGAGGGCAGCUGGUGCCUGAUGAUGUUAUGGUGAAACUCAUAUCCUCGGAACUAUCAGGGUUGAACGCCUCACCCUGGCUCCUGGAUGGCUUUCCACGCACACGUCCACAGGCUGAGGCUCUGCACAACAAUCAGAAGCUUGAUCUGGUCCUGAGCCUUGAAGUGCCUGACGAGGUCAUAGUGGACCGCAUCAAGGGCCGCUGGACCCACCUUGCUUCAGGAAGGAUCUAUCACACUGAGUUCAAUCCGCCCAAGGUUCUGGGCAAGGAUGAUGUUACAGGAGAACCCUUAGUUCAAAGGGAAGAUGACAAACCUGAGUCCGUGCGGCACCGCUUGGAGGUGUAUGCCACCAACACGAAGCCGCUGAAGAAAUUUUAUGAGGACCUGGGCAUCCUGCAAGUCUUCCAUGGAACAGAAUCCAACGAGAUCUGGCCUCGUGUGCACAAGUACAUGCAGAGGCACAUUCCGGCCAAGAGUGGCCCCUUUUAAGCUUGGAAGGAUGUCAGGAGACUUUCUGAGUCUCUCAAUACAACCUGAAGCUGCUGGUUAGCUGAACCACAGAGUGCUGUUACAUUAAUUCAAAUGUGCUUUGUUGUUGCUUCUUUGUUACUUCUUUUGAUUUUUGAUUAUUGAUUGCAGAUGAUGUGAUGUGUAAUAAAUAAAGUAAAUGCCAUUUCUCGAUGUUCAGAAGGAUUUUUGUUAAAGGGCAAAUGAGCAUUUUGACUAGGGCACACUAUGAUAAAUGAAAGAAUUGUUACAGCUGAUACCGUAAUGUAGAUUUAUAUUUUUGAUUCUUAGAAAUGGCAAUUCUAUUUUAUGCUACAUAUCUUUUCAUUUGUCAUAAAUGUUUGUUUUGUUUGUUGUUGUUCAGAUAUGUAUUUUGCAUGAGAAAUAGUCAUUCUGUUUUAUUUUUUAAGGGUCAUAUUGGUGCAUAUGCCUGGUGCUGCAAUUUUACUGUGUAAGGGCUAAGCUAUAUAUUUUGUGUCAUAAUGUAUUUUAUAGAAGUAUACAGUAUAUUUCUAUUAUUUUGGGCAAAUCUAUCACAAGACAUUAAACCCUUUUACUUUUUUAUA